UCAUGAAUACAAGUCUGUCUUGAUUAUCACACUCUGUGGCGUUGAAAGAGAUGUGCUGAUGCGGCUUCCAAAGUAGCCGCUGUGAAGUAGCAAUAGCCUAUUGAACGGUCAGUUUUAAGUUAAAUCUACACAUUUAUAAUCUCAGCGUUGGCGAUUGAAUAAACUCAGUCGCUGGCGAAACGUUGAAGUAGAAUUUAAAUGAAUUUCGGCGAGAAUAUCAAGUGAAUUUGUGGAAAUAGAAAUAUAUAUUUUGCAAAAAAAAAAAUGGAAUAAUAAUAAUUGAAAUAUGCAUAUAUAAUAUUUUUCACAUGCAUUGUGUGUAUUUUUGAAAUACUGUCGUGAUAAUUAUAAAACUAAUUAAGCAAAAGUGCACAAACGCUUAUAAGUAUAUAAAUAUACUCAAAUUAAAUGUUCACGUAAAGCAUUUGCACCAAGUGAGAAAGUAAUCAAAUAUUAAAUUGGAAAUAAAAAAAGAAAUAAAGAAAAAACACAAAUAAAUCGAAAACUUUUCUUUCGCUCAAAAUGCGGUUAUUCAAUGUGGGAAAAUUCGCACAGUUUAAUAUGCUUCAAUUGCAAUUUUCUUUUGCCUUUGUCACUGCGUUAUUUUCGACAACAACAGCGCAGGCACGAUGUAACAAUCCGAAUGCCAAAUUGGGUUAUUGUGUCUCAAUUUACGAAUGCCCCAGCCUGCUAGAAGUAGUACAGAGCUACAAUCUCUCGCCGUCGGAUCGUGAGUUCUUGCAAAAAUCUCAAUGUGUUAACGGUUAUGGACAGUCACCGUAUGUCUGUUGUACGCCUGAUAAAGGCUUCGCAUCGAAUCCAACGCCCGUCAGAACAACUACUACAACACCAACGACGACUACACGUCGCCCAGUACCUUUCAGACCGCCAUCGCCGGGCAAUGGUAACGGCAAUGUGCUGCCGGUGCCGCCUGAAUGUGGUCCAACUUCGUUGAAUGAUAAAAUUUACAAUGGCAGAGACACAGCGCUGGAUCAAUAUCCAUGGAUGGUGUUGCUGGAAUACACACAGAAGAAUGGCCAACCUAUACUCAAUUGUGGCGGUAGUUUGAUAAAUCAACGCUAUGUGCUGACAGCAGGACACUGUGUUGUGGGAGCGAUUGAAACGGAAGUUGGCCCACUCGCAACCAUUCAUCUGGGCGAGUAUGAUAUCAGCAAAGAAAUCGAUUGCAUACAACAAGAUUGCAACACUAAAGUUGUAAAAUUGGGCUACGAACAGGUGAUCCCACAUCCACAAUAUAAACCCAACAACAAUAACCGUCAUCACGAUAUUGCGCUGAUACGACUGGCUGAGGACGUGACGUACUCGGAUUUCAUUAGGCCAGUUUGCUUGCCUUUGGCCAGCACGCGUCAAGCCAUCGAUGUGGGUGAGCUACUAACGGUAGCUGGUUGGGGGCGUACAUUGUUGGCGCGUCAAAGUAAUGUCAAGCAAGAAUUGGCCGUACCAGUUGUGGAUCAUGAUUCAUGUGCGCGUAAAUUUUCCACCCGACACGUCAAUUUGAUUACUUCGCAGCUCUGCGCCGGCGGUGAGUUUUCCAAGGAUAGUUGCGAUGGCGACUCCGGUGGUCCAUUGAUGCGCCAAAAUGCCCAAAACCGUUGGUACCUGGAGGGUAUUGUAUCCUUUGGCAAUCGCUGUGGUCUGGAGGGCUGGCCGGCGGUAUAUACGCGUGUUGCCGAUUAUAUUGAUUGGAUUCAGCAGAGUUUGAGAGCAUAGUUAUUGAGGAGGGAGUAAAAUUUAGUCACGUACAUGUAUAUAUAUAUAUGUAUGUAUGCGUGUAAGCUAUAAGUUUAGAUUGGCUUACAGCUAUAGCUAUGAUACAUUUUAAUGACAUUUGUUAAUCAUGUAAAUAAUUAAUUUUAUGUACAUAAUUAUGAAAAAGAGAUUAAUAAAAUAUGGAAAAUCAUUAAAAAUUCAA